CGGUCCUGCCCUGAUCGGCGGAGGGUGAAUUUCCCGGGCAGCUUCCCAUUCUCCGGCCAUCACCACCAACCCUCACCAGCGCCGCAACAUAUAUAGACGGCACCCUGGAUUCCCCUCUCCCUCCCCCGCUUUACACAAUCAUCAGUUCAUCACACUCGGUUGUCACCUGCGAGGCUGCGACUUCUCCAGCCACCGGUAACGAGUGCGACACCACUAGCGCGCUUGCAUGGCGCGCCACGCUUCUCUUCGGCGCCGCCUCCUCGUGAGCUUCCUCUCGCUCUGCGCCGCCGCCGCCGCCGUCUGCGGCGCGAGGGACCUGCAGCCGGUGCGCGAGGCGCAGGAGCCGCUGGAGGUGAAGAGCUACGGGUACGCUUCCUUCGACCGGGACGUGGACGCCCCCACCCUGAGCGUGCUCAAGGACGCCAGCAUCAACGGCGGCGCUCUCCAGCUCACCCCGGACACCCGCAACGACGUCGCCUACCUCCAACACAAGUCCGGAUCGGUGCUCCUCAACCGGCCCUUCAAGCUCUGGCGCAAACUCCCCGACGACCAGAUCGCCGCCAACGCCACCGCUGCCGGCCGCUUCCGCGUCGCGUCCUUCAACGCCACCUUCUCCAUGAACGUGGUGUACGACGGAGCCGUCCCCGGUGAGGGCCUCGCGUUCGUCAUCGCUCCGUCGCUCGACGGGCCACCACUGGGCAGCCACGACGGCUUCCUCGGCCUCACCAACGCCACCCUCCAGGCCUCCGGGUCCGGCCCGGCCGCGAACCGGUUCGUGGCCGUCGAGUUCGACACCUUCAACCAGAGCUACGACCCGAGCGCCAACCACGUCGGCCUCGACAUCGGCUCCGUCGAGUCCAACGUCACGGCCAACCUCGCCGACUUCAACAUCACCAUCGCCAACACAUUUGCGAAUGCCGUCAACUACACCGUCUGGAUCGAGUACGACGGCGUGGGCCGGAGCAUCUCGGUGUACAUGGUCGUCCAAGGGAAGCCCAAGCCGGCGACGCCCGUCCUGGCCGCGCCGCUCGACCUCAGCCAGCACGUCCCGGAGCACGCGUACAUCGGCUUCUCAGGGUCCACCGGCGCCGCCUACGAGCUCAACUGCAUCCUGGACUGGACCCUGUGGAUCGAGACCAUCCCCGAGGACGAGGUGAAGAAGUGGUGGAUCGUCCUCGUUGCCGUGGUCGGCUCCGUCGGCGUGGCCGGCAUCGCCAUUGCCGCCUUCUUCCUGGCCAGGAUAUCGCGGGCGCGGCGGGCGGUGGAGCAGCGGCAGGCGCGCCUCGGGCACACGCUCAGCCACCUCCCCGGGAUGCCCAGGGAGUUCACCUACGAGAGCCUCAGGAAGGCGACCAACAGCUUCCACGAGCAGCUCGGGGAAGGAGCGUACGGCGUCGUCUACAAGGGGACGCUCCCCGCCGAGGCCGACGACGGCCGGGCGGAGGCGAUGCAGGUCGCCGUCAAGAAGUUCAUGCGGGACGACGCCAGGUGCGUCGAGGACUUCGUCAAGGAGGUCGACAUCAUCAACAGGCUGCGCCAUAAAAACAUCGUGCCUCUCAUCGGUUGGUGCUACAAGAAAGGGCAGCUUCUGCUGGUUUACGAGUACAUGCCCAACGGGAGCCUGGACCAGCACCUCUUCCCGCGCAGCCUGGCGGGGCAGCUCGCGUCGCCGCUCACCUGGUCGAGCCGCUACGCCAUUGCCAAGGACGUCGCCUCCGGGCUCCACUACGUGCACUACGAGUACGGGCCCAUGGUGCUCCACCGCGACAUCAAGGCCAGCAACGUCCUCCUCGACGCCUCCUUCUCCGCCCGCGUCGGCGACUUCGGCCUCGCCCGCGUCGUCGACUCCGACAGGACCUCCUACAUGGACGCCGGCGUCGCCGGCACGCACGGCUACAUCGCGCCGGAGUACUCCAUGGGCCACAGGGCCUCGCGCCAGACGGACGUGUUCGCCUUCGGCGCGCUGGUGCUGGAGCUCGUCACCGGCCGCCGCGCGCUGCUCCGCGACGCCAGCUGCCCGCUGCUCGUGGACUUCGUGUGGCGGAUGCACGGCCGCGGCGCGCUGCUGGGGGCGGUGGACCAGGGCCUCGGCACGGCAGAGUUCGACGCCGACGAGGCCACGAGGCUCCUCCUCCUAGGGCUGGCCUGCAGCAGCCCUAAUCCCGGGGACAGGCCCACCAUGCCGGAGGUGCUGCAGAUCCUGUCCAAGUCGGCGCCGCCUCCGGAUGUGCCGCUCAUCAAGCCGACUUUCAUAUGGCCGCCGGAGGGAGGUGCGCGGUUCAGCAUCAGCGACAUCGAGAUGAUGACCAGCGGCGGAGGCAGCUACGCCGGCACGGGCGAUGGCUCGUCCAUGCGCGCGACGCAGGACACGUCGUCCUACGACAGCUUCAGGCCGCCCACGGCGCCCAACAACAGCCAGGAAUACUUCCCCGCGCUGUCCUCCGGCCGGUGACCAAAAGUUAAUCGUACCUGUGAAUAGUCUGGCCAUACCAUUGCAUUUGGCCAUGAACAUAACAUAUACUACAUAUAAUCACACGAAAUGUAAAUACAUGUAGAUAUUACGUUCUUAUUCGUAGUGGUUAGUAUAGUACAAUGGUCUUGGUUAAUUUGAUCGUGUUAGAUUGGGAAGUAGAAGAGAGAGGUACGUGGAGCUCAGGUAAGCAGGAGAUUUUAGCCUUGCAGAGUCGCGUCGUCAGGUUCAGUGAAGCCUGUAACAUGUAUGUCAGCUACCUACUUUUAGUAUUUUCAGAAGUGAGGCUGGUGCUGUUGAUAUACUAUAUGCCUUGGUUAUUGCUUCUGUUUUUACCAAUAAAGAUAAAAAAAUGCUAAGAUUAUGUAUAACUGAAGAAGAAACGUGUUGAUCCCGCACUUA